AUGGCGUUUGCCAACUCUCUCUACAAUGCCAUUUUCAAGCGCAAUAGCGUAUUCGUCACAACAGUAUUCGCUGGAGCUUUUGCAUUCGGCAUUGGUUUUGACUUGGGUGUCACCAAGUUCUACGACACCUGGAAUAAGGGGAAACAAUGGAAGGAUAUUCGUGAUAAAUAUGUUCAGGAGUAG